AUGGCUGGCCAUAACCGUUGGUUGGCGGCAUGGCUUCAUGCUCGUAACCAGGGCGCACAUGGCCGACUAGCGGAGGCUUUGGUCCAUUACGAUCAUUGUAGCCCCCGCGCGACCUCCCUCCGCCAUAAUGACCUCCAGGCGGCUGCCCUCCAGCAUUCCACUGUGGUUGGUUCGGGGGAGGUGGCCCUUGAUAGGGGUAUGCUUGUGGUGCGCCAUAAGGAGGCUGCUGUGGAUAUUGAGAAGGAGGGUAUGGUUGAGUGGCGUAGUUGGAAUGAUAGUUACCGGAGGGCAUGGGGCCCGGGGCAUGUCCAUGAGGAGGGUGACCAUGCUCUGGGCCCCAUUGAGGCUGAGGAGGGUAAGCAGGAGGAUGCGAGGCACCGUAGGGAGGAGGAUUGUGAUGAGAAGGGUAUGGCUGGGGCUGGCUACCGUAUUCGUAACGAGACUGGGGCGAGCCGUGGUAGUCUCCGCGCCCACCGCUAUAAUGGCCGCCGCGUCCACGGGCGUGAUGCCCUCCUCGACCCUGACCGUUUUGGGGGUAAGACGGAGCUUGGGGACCGUAGCUUGCAGGACCGCCAGAAGAAGCUGGAGGUGGUGGAGGCGGAGGACCGUAACCGUAGCCCGACAUAGUGAAAGAUGUCGAGUGUAGAUGGCCGCAGGUAGGAGAUCCUCUAAGCAAGGAAGUUGGGGUCGAUGAUCGGGAUCGGAGAUCGAGUUGCUGAUGCAGCUGAAGGUGCUGGCCUGUAUUGAACCGAUUGAUGAAGAACUUCGUAGGUAUUCGACGAAGAUGAUUUGAUCUUGAAAAUAGAAGCAAAGGAGAAAGAAAAAGUGGUUUUUAGUAACGCUGGAGUUUAAAAAAAAUUACAAUUCUUGAGAUCCUUGGGCAAUUGAAAACGGUCGAGUAAACGGCAGUUACCUGUGGACGAUGUUGCUUU